CGUUGCCGCGCGUCUGGAUGGUGCGGGUGUGCAUAUACGGAUGGAUGCCUUGUGCUGCGUUGGUUACCGCAGGACUGGGCCUGGGCCAAAGCAAUGGUUUAUUGACGAGUAUAUUGGGUGGAGCAAGAUCUGUGGAAGCAGAAGCAGUGGAUGAAACAGCUUUGUGCUUUUUUUACUGUCCGAGAAACACUGCCAGUAGAGCAACGUGGGUGAAGGAGUGAAACACAAAUAAGUGAGUGAAAUGUAAACGUAAGAAGUGAAUCAGUAAUCGGCAAUUAAAACAACAUCAAAAAAGCAAAUGGAGAGUAAUAAGAAAGUAAUAAGGUUGAAAAUUAGGUAAUGGAAUUUAGAAUUAAAACA